CCCUCCCUUGGCGGCGAGUUGUCACCCGCAGCAAGUUCAUUAUCGCUGCGUAAUCAAGAGUUGCGCGUUGGACGUCGAGCGGAAUAAACGUGCGCAAUACUCAUUAAAUAAAUUAAAAAAAUAAAAAUAAAUUUAAAAAAUGGAUAAAAGUUUACAAAUAUUCAUGAUACUGGCAAUCGGCGCAGCUGGUGUCUUGUUUGUGUUUCUUAUGAUGCCAGCUAAUAGCAGCCCGGCGUAUGGUAAGGAACACGCCCAUCAUGCAUCAGGCCACGCCCCGAAGAGAAGCGAAGUGGAGAAGAGGUUAGAAAUUGUAUCGCGGGAUGAUUGGGGUGCUAGACCGCCGAAGAAUACGUCGAAGAUGAGUCAUCCGGUGCCGUACGUGAUUAUACAUCAUUCGUAUAUUCCGGAGGCGUGUGACACCCCCGAGAAGUGUGUGGCGGCGAUGCAAAGUAUGCAAAUCAUGCAUCAAGAUACUAAUAACUGGGACGACAUAGGCUAUAACUUCGCAAUUGGUGGCGAUGGUCGCAUCUACACGGGUCGCGGCUGGUCCAAUUGCGGCGCGCAUGCCCCAAGCUACAAUAACGUAAGCAUCGGCAUCUGCUUCAUCGGUGAUUGGACACAGGACAUUCCACCACCGGAAAUGACAGGCCCCGCGCAUGAUUUAAUUGAGUUUGGCGUCAAUGAGGGUUAUAUUAGUGCAGAGUAUGAAAUGUAUGGACACAGACAAGUGAGAGACACGGAAUGUCCGGGUGAUGCUUUCUUUGACGAGAUUACAACAUGGCCGCAUUGGGGGGCCAAGCCACCGAGGUAUGUAGAAAGAACAACAACCACUACGGAAAUACCAUGAACGGAGUAGAACAAUAAAUAUAUUUUGUGCAAGGAUGUAAUUAAGAUACUGUGUAUUUAUUAUGAUAAAUGUUUUAUCGACUGUUUAAAA